AAUAUUAAAAAAUACCAGUAGAAGUCUCACAAUAUCAAUUUCUCUCUCAAUCGGUCGCUCGUGAGGUUUUUGGGGUCUGAGAAAGUACUACCAACAACACAUCCACGAUCUUGGGCUACAGAAAGUUGAUCAAUUUCUGAAAGGGGGGGACUGCUGGAACAGGAAGAAAGCCCUUUGCCACCCGAAGACUAGGGUUUAGUUUUCUCUGUUGUUCUGCCGCAUUUAGAAGCCAUCUCUCACUGAGAAAGAUCUUCAUCAGAGACAUGUCGCCAGUGCCUGGUGAAGAGUUUCAGCACAUUCGUCGUGUGCAGAACACGAAUGUCGAUGGCAAAGGUAUUGGCCGUCGUUCGGGUCGUCGACCGUCUCCCGAUUACUCAAGCUAUAGAAAAAGCUCUAGAUCCGAAACCCUAAAUACAGAUUUUGGUUUAAUAUGUGAUCAAAGGAAUGGGCGGGUUGCAGACUCCGAUUCGGAUGAAGAGUUGAGAGGUCUGAGUUUUGAAGAGUACCGGAGAAUCAAACGUCAGAAAAUGAGGAAGAUGUUGAAGAAUUGUAUAUGGAAUGUCACACCAAGCCCUCCUAGAAACGGGAACGAACGGUAUGAACUGGAACUGGAGGAAAUUACACAGAAGUAUGGCGAGGAGAAAGAAAACAAUGACGAUUCAAGAGAGAAAGAAAAAGGCAUGGAGAAGAUGAAAUCGAAACUGGAUUCUGGAAGCUCAAGAAGUGGUUCUUCGGAUUCUGAAUCUGGUUCGGCUUCUCAGUCAGACGAUUUGCUGUCUGAAUUAGAUGAUUCAUGGUCAAGGAAAAAGAAAAAGGGCAAGAGUUUGAGUUCUAUGCGUAAAAGUAGGAAAUCGGUAUCUGCAAGCGACAGUGAAUUGGAUGAGUCCAGUGAUGGCUCAGAAGAAGAUAGGAGACGGAGGAGGAAGACAUGGAGGAGGAGAAGUAGUAGGCCAAACAAGGGCAGUAAGAAGAGUAGUAAGAGAAAAAGUAGUAGAAGGAAGAGCAGUGAUAGCGAUUCAGAUGAAAGCCUGGGUGAAAGUGAGGAAUCUGAUGUCAAUGGACGUUCAAGUGAUCGUGUGAGGUCGAAGAAGCUGAGGCACUCGAAGAAGAAACAUCCUAAAACUGAUGGUGAGAGUUUAUAUUCAAAGGAGAAGAAUUCUGAAUCUGAAAUCGAUGCAAAAACUAUACCUCAGGUGGACGAUGCUGGGAUAAAUGAAAUUAACAGUGAAGUGCUCAUGUUCAAAGAUUUGAUUGAAUCACAGAAGAAACCUGCCUUGGAUGAUGAGCCAGUGGUCGGGCCAAUGCCUUUGCCUAGGGCUGAAGGACAUAUUAGUUAUGGAGGGGCACUUAGGCCUGGUGAAGGUGAUGCCAUUGCUCAAUAUGUUCAACAAGGGAAGCGUAUCCCUCGUAGAGGUGAAGUUGGUCUUUCAGCUGAGGAGAUUCAGAAAUUUGAGACUCUUGGUUUUGUGAUGAGUGGUAGUCGGCAUCAAAGGAUGAAUGCUAUUCGUAUUAGGAAAGAAAACCAGGUUUAUAGUGCAGAGGACAAGAGGGCGUUGGCUAUGUUUAACUAUGAGGAAAAAGCAAAGCGUGAGCACAAGGUUAUGGCUGAUCUGCAGCGCCUGGUGCAACGCCACAUUGGGCAGGAUACUGGCCCUUCUCAUGAUCCUUUUGGUGGAAGGUCCACCGAGGGUGCCGAUAUGUAAUCCGCAUUGAUAAGGCCUUCUUUGUGGACCUCUUUGUGAGAGCAUCAAACACACUGGCCAUAAAGAUGUAUGAAAAGGUGCGUGGCCAUCUCAUAGCUUGAAAAGAUAUAGAAAAUAUUCAUAUGAAGUUCCUAUCAAUGUGUAAUAUUUGUGAAAAAUACUACUAACUCCACUAUCUGAUGGACGAUGCCGGUUGUUGAACUAUGCCCCAAUUGUCUUGUGCCGAGGAGAUAACUGGUUCAAUAUAUAACAAUGUCCAAAUGUUGCAUGCUCAAAGUUCGUUUUUAUUAGACUGGUGAUUUUUUUUUGCAAGAACUGCCUGAUCUGAGGAAGGCAUUAUCUUGGGAUGUCGAAAAGAAGUCCAUCGAUCAUACCCUUCAAAAGGCCAGUUACUCCGGUCGAACUGGAGUAUGAUUAGAAUUAUUAUUGUUGAACUUGUGCAAACUGAAAGUGAUGGAAAUGCAUCACCCCACCGCGCUUCUGGCUUUUAGACACGCAGAGAAGGCAUCCAGAUUGGUUCCAAUUUAUGUAUGUAUAUGCUCUUGGAUGAUAGGUUUUGUAGUCUUUGUGAUUCAAAAUAUGAGUCUCUGGUGAUGGAAAGGAGAAGCAUUACCAUAUGUUUCUCUCUUUGCACACAGAAUGAAUGUUCACUCUAUACCAUUGUUGUUAUUACUUCUAGUAACUCAAUUAGUAAUUUAUAUUUGAAGGAAAAUUUUUAAAAA